AUGGCAUUUGGAGCUAAACAACUUCGCACAGAGUGUUACCUUCGGCAGCUACGUAUCGUUAAAAGGGGCCCGGACGCCAACGACCACAAGUCAGGAUAUGUUGCGUUAUUAAUGCAACAGAAGCCCGCGUUCAGCGAGAUGCAGCGUCUAGGUGUGGAGGAAGGUCCGGCUAAACGUGGUGUAGUGGGUAGCAAACGUCGUACUCGCCACUGCAUGCUACGGCUUUUGAAUGUCAUCAAAAAGCACAUUUUGGACGGAUUUUCACUCAGCUAUUCGAAAAAUGCAAUCCUGAGUUCACCGUUCCUCACGAAGCUGCAAAAUUACGAGAUAUGCGUGCACGACAAUGAUUUCUUUUCUUUCUGCUCCGGAAAAAUCGACGUCCUAGAAACUGCCAAAACGUGCUCGUUUACAUACCAUGGAGGGAGGUAG